AUGAAUAUAAGAGACCAUUUUCUAAGCUUACAACAUCAAAGCGUUUUACUUCAAUAUCUUUGUAAAAAUACUCAACAUCAGAUAAAUGAUAAAUCAGUAAUAUCUUCUCAUACAACAAUAACUACCGAUAGAGGAACCGAUGAGACUUUUAAUCGAAAUCUCCAACAAUUAUUGGAAACAACGGAUAUGUUGUUGGGUGGUGUUAGUGCGUUAACUGAUGAUACUCAACGUCUCAGUUCAGAGUCACUUCGUCAUGAAACUUCGCUUCGAUCUUUGCCUGAGGAGUUAUCAAAAUUGAAAAUCGCCGUUGAAGAAACACAUUCAUCGAUCAAUACUCAUCAAACCAAUCAACAGAUACUUGAAGAAAGCCUCACCUCAAUUCAACAGCAACUUGAAGAUCAAAAAAAUAUUUCCACUGAUGGUAAACUUAUGUGGAAAAUUACAAAUGUUCAGCAAAAAAUAGCUGAGGCUCAGUGCGAACGUCAGGUAUCUGUUUAUUCUCCUGUAUUCUAUUCAUCACCGAACGGUUAUAAAAUGCGACUUCGUCUCUAUUUGGCCGGCGACGGUAACGCUAGACGCACUCAUAUGUCACUUUUCUUCGUACUUAUGCGUGGAGAGUAUGAUGCUAUCCUUGAAUUUCCAUUCAAUUUCAAGGUGAUCUUUUGUCUAAUCGAUCAAACAUCUCAGCAACGACAUAUUAUCGAUUCAUUUCGGCCUGAUGUGAAAUCCAGUAGCUUUCAAAGGCCCCGAUCAGAUAUGAAUAUAGCGUCUGGUAUACCGAAAUUUGUGUCACUGACAAUGAUUCAACAAGAUGGCAAUCCCUACGUUCGUGAUGAUACUAUGUUUAUCAAAGCCAUCGUUGACUUUGGAAAUAUACCAAAGCUAUUACUACCAGACACAUUAAGCCUGAAUCCUGGUUUACCAAUUCUAUUGCAGCAUGAAUGGAUAAGACGUGAAAUUGAAAAGCGAGCGCAAGAAAAAACAUUCAAUAUAACUAGCACAUCUAUAUCUAUUGGUCAUGAUAUGAAUACGAAUGAAAAUGGAAAUAGGAGCUAA